AUGAAAUGCAAUGUAAAAAGAUUAAGCUUGGCAAAUGGUAAGUCUGCAAAAAUCCAAGCUAAAGAUAAAGUCCGGUUGAAGGCGACAGAGAAGUGGCAUCAAGCAAUGGAACACGAAGGAUAUUAUUCAACUGAAUCAUCAAGAUUCACAGGCUAUUUUAUAAAAAGGAAGAAUGAAGCUUUUCAACAAUUCCUAAAAUUCAAGGCCAAAAUCGAGACUCACACUGAGAAACGCAUCCAAAGUCUACAAAGCGACAACGGUAUAUUAAACAGAAAGUACGAGUAUAUUAAACAGGAAUUUGAAGAGUAUUUAAAUAAAUGCGGCAUAAAUAAAGACGUCUUACAGUUGCAUAUUGCUCAGAACAAAAUGGAGUCAGCGAGAGGAAAACUGCACGUUGAUAGAGAUGGCAAGGUGCCUACUCAUGCAGGCGAAUCUAUCUUCAUGUUUCUGGGCCGAGGCAGUAUCACAGCCAAUUAUAUUAGGAACCGUUGUCCAGUUUGGGAGGCAAAAUGCCGUUUGAGUGAUGAAGUUAAAAGAUACAAGAUUUGGCUACCUGAAUGCAAACGUAUGGAAAUUACACGAAAUGUAAAAUUCUUAAUGCCCAAGUAUCAUGGAACUAACAAUUUUCAGAAUACUUUCCCCGAAGAUCAAAAUAUAGAAAAUAAAGCCGGUGAUAGUUAUAAUACUACGUACGAUGAUGAAGUAAUCAAGAAUAAUCCAGUUGACCUAAGGAUGAGGACAAGGACAGGACAAGGACAGGAUGAAGACAAGAAUAAUUCAGACAAUGAGAGUCACGAAGAGAAUGCUUCAAAAGAAACUCCAAAAAGGGGUCGCGGCAGUCCCCAAAAAAAGACGUGGGAGCUUGUACAGCGUCCGAAAAACGUAAUUGGUAGCCGUUUUGUAUUGAGCAUGAAGAGAAAUCACAAUAGAGAAUUUAAGAAAAACAAGGCACGUCUAGUCACGAAGGGAUAUGCACAGCAACCUGACAUCGAUUUUAAUGAAAUCUUUUCGCCCGUAACGAGAAUGAAUUUAAUCAGAAUGAUGGUAUCCCUAGUGUCAAAAUACAUGUUUAUUGAACAAAUUGACAUAGCUGCGUAUUUAAACAGUACAUUAGAGGAAGAUAUUUUCGUGGAAAUUCCACAACAUUUUGAAAAGGAUUUGGAAUUCCUGAUUAAAAUUGAGCCCAAAAAUAGCGAAAUCAGGAAAAUGGAUAUCAAAAUUUUGAAUUAUUGA